CUCAGCUGGUGAAAAUCACUUGCACUUCAAGGGAAGCCUCAGCCUGGAGGUGGCGAGUUCGGAAACUGCUUCUUCGGCGUCGUCCACGGUAUGCUCCUCGCCUCUGACCGUCCCUGACUCCCUGAAUCCUCGCCGUGGGUUUGAUUACGGUCGACCACAGUUGGACUAUGAACCAGUAAUUUGACUGGUUCAUGGACCGGUUUGGUUAUCGCAACCUUGCUUUUGAAUUACUGAAGACUUGGCCAUGGCUACAAGGAGGGUACUUGUCUUUGCUUCUCGUUCUGCCUUUGCUCGUCGUUUCUCGCUAGUUCCCGCUUCAGAUAGUGGUUGUGGAUUCCAGAAAUGGCAAAACGGGGGUGGCAUAUUCCACGAGUCAGCUUCUAUAGACUCCACAGCAGUUGUUGAGGUUGGCGCUGUAGUCCAUUCUGAAUCUGUCAUCGGUGCAAAUGUGCAUAUAGGCUCUGGAACUGUUGUUGGUCCUUCUGUUUCUAUUGCUCAUUCAACUAUAAUUGGGUUUAAUGUGGCCCUUAGUAAUUGCUGUAUAGGUGAUUUAUGUGUAAUUCACAGUGGAGUCUGCAUUGGUCAAGAUGGGUUUGGAUUUUAUGUGGAUGGUGAUGGUAAUAUGAUAAAGAAGCCUCAGAAGUUGAAUGUGGUAAUAGGGAACCAAGUGGAAAUUGGUGCUAAUACAUGCAUUGACCGUGGCAGCUGGAGAGAUACAGUUAUUGGGGACAAUUCAAAGAUAGAUAAUUUAGUUCAGAUUGGCCAUAAUGUAGUUAUUGGGAGGAAUUGUAUGCUUUGUGGGCAAGUUGGGAUUGCAGGUUCAGCAACCAUAGGAGAUUAUGUAACCAUGGGAGGAAGGGUAGCAGUGCGAGAUCAUGUAUCUAUUGUAUCUAAGGUUCGGCUUGCUGCAACAAGCUGUGUAACCAAGGACAUCAAAGAGCCUGGGGACUAUGGUGGCUUUCCAGCUGUUCCAGUUCACAAAUGGCGGAGACAAGUCGCCAGAAGUUCCCGACACCGGUGAAAAGGAAUACUUAUAUUCAGCAAACUGAUUUUUUAUAUGGAGUUAGCCAAGUGUAAGUACAUGGCUUAGGAAGCAACGUUAGUGCAGUAUUAUUCAAUAGAUUGUUCUCCAUUAGAGAAUUAUUUUAGGGAUUAUAUCCAAAUAUUGAAUCCAAUAUGUAUUGGCUAAAGUUUAGUUCAAUGGAUACCAACACGAGUACUUACUUCAAGGGCAAAAAAGAAUACAUAAAUACUGAAUUCAUUGUUGCUACCUAGUACCUACUGACUAUGCCCUCAAGAAAUUUAUACUAAAACCAAAACACACACUGUGAAGGAGAUGAGAUCAGCACCUUGCAAUUUUUGGGACCUACACUGACUUUGUACUUGUUUUCUUAGUCUGAAGUUUAAGCUUCCCAUCACUACCAUUUGGUAGAUCACCCAUUCACCUGCCGGGUUUAACCAAUGAAACUUGACAGAAGGGAAAUAAUGUUUUUUGUUUA